AUGUUACCAUCCCAAAGGAAGAUAUCUGCAUCACAGGCAACUGAAAUAGAUUUAGCUGAAAAAUCUGGAAUCUGUCUUAAUGCUGCAUUUGAGCUCAUGGGUAAUGAAGUUGGUGGAAGGGAGUCACUUGGGUUCACAAAACUGGACCAAAAAAAUUAUUUGAGAACGAAGAGGCAAAACAGUUUAGCAUAUGGGAAGGCAGGUAGCAUUUUGCAAUAUUUUCGUGACAAAUCAUUGGAGAAUCCAUCUUUUUUUUACUCGGUCCAAUUAGAUAAUGAGGAGCAGAUUACAAACAUAUUUUGGGCCGAUGCUCAGAUGAUCAUGGAUUAUGGGCAAUUUGCUUUGAUGUAUGAUGAGACCGCCGAUUCUUUUGUAUGGCUUUUUAGAAGAUUCUUGGAGGCAAUGUCAAGUAAGGCUCCAAAAAUAAUUUUUACGGAUCAGGAUGCUGCGAUGGCUAAGGCCAUACCUAUUGUCAUGCCUAACACAACCCACCGCCUUUGCACUUGGCAUUUGAUGCAAAAUGCAUUCAGGCAUGCAAAUUCUAUCUUCAAGGAUAAGGCGAUGAAGGAUAAAGGGAUGAAGAGUGUUUUAUCUACGUUUAUGUACGACAUUGAGGAUGAGGAAGAGUUUAUGUUAAAAUGGGAGGAAAUGCUUGACAAGUAUGAAGUAAGAGAUAAUCAUUGGUUGAAGUUAACAUUUGGGGUCAAGGAAAAAUGGGGUUGGCCAUAUGUUAGAAAUGCAUGGGGUGAGAGCAUGAGUAGCACCCAACUUAGUGAAUCCUUUAAUGCUUUCUUGAAGGAUUUCAUUCAGUCUGAUCAUAACUUAAUGCAAUUUUUCAUGCAUUUUGAUCGAGUUCUGUCUGAGAAGAGGUACAAAGAGUUACAAGCCGAAUAUGCUCUAUGCCAAAAGUUGCCAAGGGUGAAUAUUAAAGUGAAGAUUAUGGAGCAAGCUGCAGAUGUUUACACAAAUAAAAUUUUUGAAGAAUUUCAGGAUGAGUAUGUCAAGUCCCUUGAAGCAAACAUUGAAGAAAUUGAAAAUGAUGGUGAGAGUACCGUUUAUACUGUUCUUGAUAGUGAUGGUAUAAAGGUGAGGAAGGUGAGGCAGGAGUGUGAUGAUUCGGUCACUUGCAAUUAUAGGAAGUUUGAAAUAAAGGGCAUUUUGUGUAGUCAUUGUUUGAAGAUCCUUAGAGAAAGACUCAAAUUCAAAGAGAUUCCUUCACAAUAUAUUCUAAAGAGAUGGACUAAAAAAGCAAGAUCUGAAAAUGUGAAAGAUAGGUGUGGGCAUGAUGUUCAAGUUGAUGUAAGAUUGCAUCAAACUUCACGUUAUAGGUCAUUGAUGGCAAUAUUCAGAUUAGUAGCGUGUAGAGCUUCUGAAAGUGACGAAACAUAUAAUUUGACGGUCGAGAAAGCGGAUGAAUUAAUUGCAGACAUUGAAACCAUGUUAAGCACAAAAUUCAAUAUGCCUUGUUUAGAUACUAUUCAGCAAGAAAGCCCCCCCAACACAUGCCCCGAAAGCUUUGAAGUGGAUGGUGUAGUGGAUAAAAAUGUAGUUCAAGCAAAAGGACUCAAGAGAAGAGAGUGCACUAGCAAGGGAUGA